UAAUACUUAAUAAUUCCAAUAUAUAUUUGCAUGAUCUUUCAACUUUAUUUUGUUGAAAUUUUGGCUCCAUAUAUCUUCAUAGGACACCACUUGUAUUUGACCAUUGUCCGUGUGUUACCUGGCAUAUAAAUGAGAAAGUAGAUAACAGCUCUCUAUUAUAGAUGUGAUUACAACCGGUACAGGUCUAUAUGAAAUCUGUUUAUAUAUACAGCAACUUCUAUUAUAUUGGAUGGAAAAUAUACAAAUACCUUAAUUCUACACCUUUGACGAAAUAACAUCGGUUAGAGAAAAAUAAGCGACGUACAGUCUAGACGAACCACGUUCAUUUGGCGCUGGUCUUCUACUAACGUUUAUGUAAAGUUCGUGCUAACUUGGAUCUACAACAAAAGUAUAGGAAAAAACUUUCUUUAUCUAUAUAUAUAAUGAACAGGUAUGCUCAACAUCAAAACAAUAUGUUAUCUUUAAAUAGAUAGCGUGUGAUUUUCAAUAGUAUUACUAUAUCGAAAGGAAUACCUUUAACGUAAAAAAAUAUACUAUUUUAUAAUUUAGUGUGGUAUGGAUUUCAUUCAUUAGAAAACACAACGAUGUCAACAAAUAAUUCGUUUCAAAUGAUCUAACACCAAGUGAUGAAUCUUACCAGCAUACUGCAGGUUAUUUUUGUGAAUUAUUAUUGUGUUCUUAUUUGGAUGAUCAUAAAAGUGGAGUCUGCUUCCUCAAACAAGCAGUAUUUAGACAGACUAAGAGCAGUAGAUGCUCACAUACCCGACAACGAUAAUAUAAAUGACAUCAACUUUCACACAGGAUCUCGACCGUCGCCAUCAGAUGAACUUCCCAUUCCACCACUUCAUGAAAAUCCAGACAGAGCAUUCGAUCCUAGUCCGCAGGAUUUAGACUAUAAAGCAAAUAGAAAAAUGUUAGGGAAAAAAUUUGACAGAAAUUUUAUGCAAGUUGUAAAACCAUUAGAACAUAUUUUUCAUCCAGAUGGAAUGUUAAAUAUACGAUUCCGGAAAGGACGGCCGAAAGGACGUCGACCAGAAUUCAUUAAAGACUUCGGUCACAAAAUUACAUUUGGAGAUGACAUUGUUAAAAAAUUAGGAGUUGAUAAAAGAACUAAAAAGUUAAUGCAAAAAUAUUUAUGGAACUAUACACAUUGUCCACUUAUGUACAAAUGGAAGGAUUUAGGCAUCCGGUUUUGGCCGAGGUGGAUAAAAGAAGGAUCGUGUUAUAAAGGCCGAAGUUGUUCUAUUCCUCCAGGAAUGCAAUGCAAGACAAAAAGUUCUAAACCACUGACAUUGUUACGAUGGCAUUGCAAAGACUGGAAUACAGACAGAAAGUGUAAAUGGAUAGAAAUACAAUAUCCUAUCAUUACGGAAUGUGCUUGUUCAUGUUAGUUCAUUUCUGUAUAUUCAGAAGUAUUGAAACGGGUAAUAACUUAUAUAUACAAUAUCCAUAAAUGAGAUUGUUUACAAUUUCUUGUGAUAAUUGUUUGUUUUGUGCAGUUAACGUUGUUAAUUCUUGUCGAUUGUUUUUCAAGCGUGUUUAAAUGCUGAAUCAUUGAAAAAAAAAUCUGUUCUAUGUCAAGUCUUUAUUACUUUACAUUAACUAUUAUGGUGCUAAAUCAGAUUAGUUGUACUGAUUUUGACGACUGAUAUCAUUUUAAAAACAAAGCCAAAUCAUUGGUUAAUCUGUUUGAAGCUGUCAUUACCCACUGCUGUGGCAAGGUGCUUGAUUAAAGGUUUAUUAAUUUAAUUUAUUCACAUGACCCCUCUUUUUGACAAUCUAUUGGCUUUACAAUUUUAUUUGUCAUUAGGUAAUAAUGAAAUAACAAAGUCUAUUGCCUACGCGGAUAGGUAAAUGAACAGUUAGUUAUCGGACUGUUUUAUUAAACUUUAAUCGUUUUUCCCUGGUGCCAAUACACGUGUCGAACUGUCAAUAAAUGAAUUACUUCAUCGUAAUUUGUAAAAAGAUAAUUUUUAUUACCGACACCUUACGCGUUAAAGGCUAUUGGAAAAGUUCAAAGAAAAUGUAAUGAGAGAGUGAUACUACAAAUGGGACGUCUCAGUUUGAUAAAAUGCCAUGUUUAACACUUUACAAAGACAGCUCAUUGAUUAAAACUUUAGAACACAGAGAGAAUAUUUGGAUUGACAUAGACAGUAAGACGGCGGCUUGUUAAUAUGUGGAUUAACAUAACUGUUAGAAAACAUCUAGUACUGCCUAUGUUGUCAUGUUCCGUACGGAUAUUUACCUGAUAGAAGGUGUAAACUAAACAAUAAAUUAUAAACAGUAUUUGUGUAUUUAUUGAAAAAUGAAAGCUUGCUUGAUCUCUUCUUAAUAACAUAUCCGAUAGAACUAGGUGGCAAUAUUGACAGAAGAAAAGAAUUUGGUCGAUAUAUGAUUUAUACAAAUAAACAAUAGGAAUUUUUGUAAUGGUAGAGUAUAAGUAAUAGAAGUUUUCAUUCAUUGCAUUCUUUAUUAUCAUCAUCAGAAUCGUCUCAUUUGUUGUUCAAUUAGCCAUUACACAAUAAUUGUAAUUUAUAUGGUAAAAAAUAAAAUAAAUAACAAAUUCAAAGGAAA